AUGGAUUCGGACGGGGCCACCUCCUCCUACUCGGCGGGCUCGGAGAUCGCGAACGCAUCUCGAGGCGCUGGUGAGGGGGAGGGGGUUGUCCGCAUGGAUGGCGAGAUGGGCGGCGGGGCCGAGGGCGGCCUGGCGACGAGGGCCGACGGGCUGGUGAACGUGCGGGAGGCGGGCCUGGGGCCCGAAGCGCUGGUGGUGCAUCGGCCGCAUGAGGUGGACCCUGGCCGGGUGCUGGCCACGUUCUACGCCGUAUUGGCAAUCAUCAUCCUGGCACAGAGCAUGCUGGUUUGGUGGAAGAGGGCUCACAAGCGUUCUUAUGAGCUUGUCACACUGAUAGGUCUCUGGCUUAUUCCUGGCUUUGUGUGUCUGGAGAAACACUACUGGCAGUUUCUGACGGUGUGGGCAUUUUAUUCGACAGUCACCGGCUACAUCUUGUCACUGUGUUUGAGAAAGAGCCUGUCACAGUUUACUCCAAGAAAGGUGUACACAUGGUUUCUUGGUGUGUACAAAGUUAGCCUGGCAGUGGGGCUAGUUGGCUAUGUGUUGCUGCUCAUGACCAUCUUUGGCCUUGGCCCGAUAAUAUGGACAGUCGUCCCAGCAGGCACGACAGCCAAUAUCACAUUCUUGAUGCUGUGGUAUGGCUUGUAUUUUGGAAUUUUGGGCAGAGACUGUGCGGAGGUGGCAUCCGAUUGUUUGGCGGCGAAAUUGGGGACAGGACGACGCCUGGCGGUUCAAGUGAACAACUGUGGCAUUUGCGGAACUGACUUGCAAGAUUAUUCACAUCUUGGUGGCAAGCCUCCCUCAGAGCCCUCAGUCCAGCUCGCCUGCAAGCACCUGUUCCACAGCCACUGCAUACAGGGAUGGACGAUGGUUGGAAAGAAGGACUGCUGCCCAACGUGCCUGGAGAAGGUCGAUCUCAGGGAGUUGUACAAAGACCGGCCAUGGGAGACCAGCAAUCUCACCUGGUUAAAAAUGCUGGACGCGGUGCGGUACCUGGUGGUGUGGAAUCCCAUCAUCUUCCUUACGCUGCACUUUGGCCUGUCCGCACUGGGCUGGGACUCUGAAGAGGGGCGUGUAGAAUCAGUGCCAGCGGCGCUGCAGAAAGGGGAAUAA